UUAUGGAACUUAAAAAUUACAUUAAAAAAUAAUGUACCAAAAAAAAAGAAAGUAGAAGUUAGAUUGCGGGAGGAGCAUAAGUACGGAACCAAACAUAUACAUCAGUUUUGGUUAUUUCCAGAGAGGAUGGAAGGAGAAGAGCAGGCAUCAAUAUGGAACAAAGAAACAGUGCCGAAAGUGAUGAAAAUAGUGAGCACAAGGCUUUCUCAAAGAGAUCUCAUCUCUCUUCUUCUUCUCAACCCUUGGCUUCACCGUACUCUUAUUUCCUACCCUUCUCUUUGGCUUACUAUUGAUUUACGUGAGAUGAAUAAUGUUGGAGAUCGACUCAUAGCUGCUCUUUCACUGCCAAGAUAUCACCAUGUGAAGCAAAUAAUCCUUGAAUUUGCACGGGAUAUAGACGACAGUCAUCUCCAAGUCCUUAAGAACAAGUGUUUGGAUUCACUUCAAGGCCUCGAGUCUUUAAAUCUGAAUGGCUGCCAAAAGAUAUCUGAUAAAGGAAUUGAAGCGAUAACCAGUUGUUGUCCUAAAUUGAAGGUUUUCUCUAUUUAUUGGAAUGUAAGGGCAACUGAUAUAGGUGUGAAGCAUCUUGUGAAGAACUGCAAAUAUAUAGUUGAUUUGAACUUAAGUGGCUGUAAGAAUUUAUCAGACAAAAGUUUGCAAUUAGUAGCUGACAAUUACCAAGAGUUAGAGUCGUUGAAUUUGACUAGGUGUGUCAAGAUGACAGAUAGUGGCUUGCAACAAGUAUUGGUAAAGUGCUCCUUUCUCCGAAGUUUAAAUCUUUAUGCACUUUCCAGCUUCACAGACGAAGCUUACAAGAAGAUAUCUGUUCUAACUCAUCUAAGAUUCCUAGAUUUGUGUGGCGCCCAGAAUCUCUCAGAUGAAGGACUUUCCUGUCUAGCUAAAUGCAAGAAACUUGUAUCUCUCAAUUUAACAUGGUGUGUACGCGUUACUGAUGUGGGGGUCGUAGCUAUUGCUGAAGGUUGCACCUGUCUUGAAUUUCUCAGUUUGUUUGGGAUAGUUGGGGUAACUGACAAAUGCCUUGAGGCCCUUUCCAAGUUUUGCUCAAAUACAAUCACAACUCUUGAUGUCAAUGGAUGUAUUGGCAUUAAGAGACGAAGCCGUGAUGAUUUACUCAAGUUGUUCCCACAUCUGAGAUGCUUCAAAGUACAUAGCUGAUCUGGUGGCAUAUUGAGUUUGAAACGUUUACACACACAUCAAAGUUAGGAUGCCUCCUUCAAAGCUGUUGUGUUUGUUAUGUUAAAUGAUCAUAGACCUAUCAUUUUAAAGAGAGAAUUGAUGGCCCUGUUGUAGACUUGAAAAUUAUAAUGAUUACAAUUGAAUUACUUUUCUUUAAAGUGAAGCCUCAAUUGAGUUUAGAUAUAAGAAGGAAAAAGAAAAGCAUUUUGGUACUUCAGACUUCAGAGUCAGAUUUUCCUAUCUUAUGACAAGAUCUUAUCUUAUUCUCUGCAUAUGAGUGUCACAUGGAAUUGAUGAUGUAUGAACCGAAGGUGGUUUUCCAACGUCUCAGUUAAGAGGGAGUGGUUCCGGGCAACCAACUUAUUCCUCCAAACAUGUCCUGAAAAAAAAAGAACUUUUGAAUCCACUCAAUUAUCAGAAUCCAAUAGUGGAUUGCUUUUUUUUUUUGGCUAGUUUUGGACUGCCAAUUAUACUGUGAUGCUAUUCGUUUUGGUGGUCGAAGCAAGUAGAUGCUUAUUGCUUGUAUAGAUUUUCAAGGGCAUAUGAAAACUCUUGGAUUACAUCAGGAUAUUUUGUCAUUUGGUUAACAGGUGCAGAGCAUCCGAAAAAGAUUAACAAAAUAUAGAUUGAUACGAGUGUCCGGGUUAAAUCUCUCCAACCCAUCCUUCUUCCUUAAGGCUGCUGCUUCAACUAUAUAUAUAUAUAUAGUGGAAGAGUACCUGGGCACUCAGAAGCAUUAGAUGGGCGUGGCAAUGAAGGGUCAAAGCUAGGGUGGCAUUGACAGUGAAACCAAGUUCAGGGUCGUUUCUAUCAGCAACCAGGCGGCACAAGCACUUGUUGCCCUGGUUUAUUGAUAUGUCGUUUCUAUCAGUAUCAGGAAUAGGAAGCAAAAUAGGGUUGCACUAAAACCGCUUAACACCCCCCCCGCCACCCUCCAAUUUUAUGGAGAGAAAAAGAGGAAGUGAACUAGGCUUCAAGUUCCAAAGACUUUACACAUGGCAAGAACACAAGCUUUAGUAGAUUGGAAUAUUGAAAGAAUUGAUAUGUCUUAAAAUAGCAAGUUCCAAUGCCACCAAACAAAAUUUGAACUGUGAAAGUGAUUAUGAAGUGGUUUAGACUUUUGGCUGCUAAAUGGAGUAUGAUUGGACAAAUGUUGGUUCCAAAACUGAAAAUGGUAGGCAUUGAUUGUCAUUGGCAACCGAAUCGCAGCAACCAUUACAUGUUUAAUCAUUCUUACGAGAUAAGGAGAUUGAAUAAAGAAAUCUCUUUCGUGAGAGCGCCCACGUUUAGAUGGAGUCUGAACAAGCAAAUUCAACACACUGACCACACUUUAAGCUUUAAGGGAAGGCUUAAGAUUUCAGAGUUCAGAUUCAUCCUGGAAUUUUGGAUUUAAGCCCAUCUAUGUCUAGCCUAAUAUUAAUAAUUGUUGUUGCUGCUGCUGCUGUUGUUGGUUUUUUUUUUUUUUAAUUAUUAUUUUUAAUUCUUUUGUUUGGGUACAACAGAUCACGUCAUUUUAUUCUUAUUCCUAUUUUCUUCACCUCUAGCUGGUAUUUGUGUUACAGUUUGAUGCCACAAUGUAGUCAAUUCUUAAUCAUCUUCCACGGAAAAGGAAGAAGAG